GUUGUUUGAUUUGCCGCAUCACAGCCGCUGGAACACGAGGCCGAAUCCAAUCCUGAUCCCUGACCAAUGUCCGAUGCGGCGGGAAUGGCCAGUAGCGAUGAGGAGGGUCUGCCCACCAGCGGGAGCAGCGGUCGCCAGCGAGUCCAGCGGGACUUCAGUGAUUCCAGGCUGGAGCGGGUGGCCUCCUACACAACGACCACAAUGCGUCUGAAACCAGAUAAAUGGACCAAAAUGAUGGCCAGCGAUGAGCUGCGGCGCAUUGUUUUGGACUGGCAGCAUGGUCACAGUCGCGUCCUGGUGAUGACUCUCAGUCCUGGUGGAGAUCUGGUGCCCCGGAGUUGCCUCAGUGACUUGUAUCUGCCGUAUUCGGUGCAGAGCACUCGUGGAUCUGUCCCAUCCGCCGCCAUGCUGCCCCUGGAAGAUGAAGCCAUGGCCACAGUGACUGCCGCCGUAUCCGCCGUGGUAUCUGCCACGCCCGGCGUCCUGCUCAUCCCCCUGCCGCCCGCGUCCUCCAGCUUUACGACUUUAGAUGGUGUGCCGCGCGGCAAGUGCGCCUACUUUGUCCGACGUAAUACUUCCGACGGACCGCUGACGGCAUCCAAUUUUGCGGAGAGCAUUCUGUACGGCGACUUCCCGGUGCACAGCAAAAUCGAGACCAUGUCGCUGCUGUUCGACGAAGUAUUGCAACCGCUCCUGGAACAGGCACAAAGUCAGUGGCCCGCCAUUGUUCGCAAGGAUCUGCAGGCGCGAAUCAAGGAAGUGAGGAACACGCUGACCGAGAUUAAGGGCAAAACCAACAAUCGCACAAUUUUAUCGUUAUUAGUUUCGCCAACAAUCGUCGAGGAAGUGUUUGCCCACGUGAGCCAAGGCCAUUUAAGGCCUGCCUUGGAUCCGAAAUUCCGAAAUCUGAUGGAGGAAAUGUUUAUUAACUGGACUACCCAGAUGCAUGACAUUGUUUUGGAGCGUUCCGAGUGUCAACCCUUGGGAUCUGCCACCUUAUCAUCCGGGCAUCAACCCAAGCACAUAACACACGUUUCCUUGCCCGCCCAGGAGAUUGGAUUUUGGACGAACCGGAAGUUAAACCUGCAAAAUAUCUAUGAGCAGCUGCGAGAAUCCACGCACAAGACUUUAGCACAGAUUUUGGAACGAAUCGAGUCGGUUUAUUAUGUGCCAUAUGCCACUGCCUUUCGGAAACUGGUGGCAGCCUGGUUGGAGGCGCAGGAUGUUUCCCUUUGGCUGCAACCCCUUCUCCGCCAGACUUCCGCCUUCAAUUCGGUGCAGUUCAGCAAUGGCCACGAUUUGGUAGCACCUCUAGUACACGUGGUGCAUCUUGUGUGGAGCAAUGCCAGGUACUAUCGCAGCACCCAAAGGAUGAGUGUCCUGCUGCGCUGCAUCUGCAACAUGCUGGUCCAUCGUGCCGCCGAGGAUCUGGAGCUGCAGUUGCUCUUCCAGGGUGACGCCGACGAAGGGCUACUUAAAAUCAAUCGCACCACAGAGGUUCUGGAGCUUUUCAAGCAGCGAAUGAUGGAAUACAAGGAGCGCUAUGCCGGCAAUCAGGUCCUUUUGCCAGCGCUUUCCGAAGGAGCAGGAGCUGUGGCUCCUUCUCCAUUCCCGGAUGACCAACAGCAGCUGUGGCGCUUCUGCCACGAGGAUGUGUUUGGCCAAACACUCGAUGGCUUCUCAGCACAGAUGGUGGAGCUGCGUCAGGUUUUCGAGGCGGCAGUGCAGUUUCAGCAGCUGGAGAAGCUGGAAGUGGGCGGUUUAAGAGGCAAAAUGCUAACAGAACGCGUCAGAGAGAUUUUUGGCGAGUUCAAGCUACUUUUUGAGCAAUGGAGCAAUGUGGACAUUGAUCUCACGGCCUCGGUGGCCAGCAAAUGGAAAUGUUUCCGCCGGGAGCAAGUCCUUUUCUUCAGUCGCAUGCAAUUGCUGGAACAGAAACUGGCCACCGUUUUGCUCCAGGCAUUCGAACAGUGCCACAGCUGGACGCACUUGCUCCGUUUGACCCUGAUGUUUGGCUGCCUGCUGCAACGUGAAGCUGUGAGACCGGAAUUGGCUCGAGUCCUGCCGCACAUCCUUUUCAUCUAUAACACGGAAAUGGAGCAACUGGAGGAGAGUGUCACGGAAGUGCUUUUGGGCUACGAUAUUCGGGGUUUGGCUGCCUUGCCCAUGGCCAAUAAUUUUCCACCCAUUGCCAAUGCCAUGAUGUGGCUACAACAACAUAUCAUUCGCUGCGAUGAAUUGGGAGCCAAGGAGCUUAACCAACUUAUUAAGCAGUUACUAAAAGAGAAAUCAGAGCUGCAAACCCUGCCCCUUCAAUGGGGUUCUUCGCUCUCACGUCGCAAUAUUUUGACCACCAAAUUGAGUAAUCUGCAGAUGAAAAUCUGGACCUCCUGGCAUGAGUGCAUUGAUAAUCUAAUCAAACGAGGACUUGAUGAAUCGGUGCUUUCCCGAUCAGAGGAUAAUAGUCAGCUGUAUCUAAACUUCUCCCCAGUGCUGUUCACCCUGCUGAAGGAGACCAAGUAUUUGUUGGCCCUCCAGGCCACCGGCAGCUUAUCCGGCGAUCUAUUCCAGCUGCCGGACCAACUACUCACACUCUAUGGUCAGCGGGAUGCCUAUUGGGAGCGUCGCAUUCGACUCAUCAAGAUUGGGGAGUUCUACAACGGCAUUCGCUCGGGGGAAUGUGCCGCAGCUGAGCUCCAGUUAAUACGCAACGACCUGGCGACCAUCGACGAACAGGUGGCACAGGCUUGUGAGCAGCUCACCUGGCGCAACUACGAUGAUCCGCUUGUAGCGGACAUUUUUGAGCAGAGCCGAGACCUUUUUGCCCGCCUACAGCAGUCGCACGGCAAUUUGGAUGCAAUCCUGGCCAGCAUGCGUCGCUGGAGCCGGGAGCCACUGCAUCAGCGAAGCUUAUACGGUCGCAAUCUCCUCGAUCUGCGCCACCAGCAGGACCGAGUGCGUCUGCGAUUGCUGCAGUGCGAUGAGACCAAGAUGCUCCUCAAUCGCCUGCUGAUUGCUAACUUCUGUCUGUUCUUCAACUAUGAGGCCCAGGAAUUUCAGCUUUACUCCAGGGAUCUGAGUGUGCAGGAGUUUGUUCGAGAAUUUCCCAAGGAGCAGCGGCGGCAGUACCACAAGUAUCUGGCCAGCGUGGAUGAGCUGAUUUGCCGCGAAGUUCGGGAGGCAAUGAGAAUAAGUUUAGAGUAUUUGUACAAAGAAAUGACAGCAACAGCAACAGCAAAGGCAACAGCAACAUCAACAAUUCCAGCGGAUCCGGGUGCUUCAGCCAGCAUGGCAAGGUUAGUCCUACAGCAAAUCACAACGCCACAGGCGACAGGAGGAGCAGGAGCAGGGGGAUCAGGAGCAGGAGGAUCAGGAGCAGGCGGUGGAGCCCCGCCAGCCAUCAACGAUGCUCCACUCUUCGAAGUAAAAUUGGAGCUGACGGAAACGGAAAUACGCUUUUCGCCCGCCUUUGAUGCAAGUGUGGAAAAUAAUUUUCAACAAAUUGUGGAGCAGCUGUUGCUCGAUAUAAAACAGACAUGCGACUGCAUGCCAAGAAUUGUGGCUGACAAUGCCCUGUCAGAGGAUGAUGAAGACGACACGGCGACGGUGGAGUUCGAGCAGGAGCAGAAACAGGAGCCGAAAGAGGUUGAGGAUCAGGGACAGGAACUGGCGGGUCAGGAGCCGGAGGAACCCAAGCCGCAGGCCGUGCAAUUCAACCUGCUGGCAGCCGCCAAGGCAUAUAGCCAAAAAAUGGAAUGCAGUGCCGAUGGUCUGGAAAUGCUGGAGAAGGCGAUACGAGAUGCCCUGGCGGAUACGGUUGAGGCGGCAUCGGCUUACGCUGCCAAAUUCCACGCCUAUGCAUUCCUGUGGACCCAGCAGAGCGGCGACGUCCUGGCCGCCUGCAUGCAAACGGCCAGGGAGCAGACGCACCAUGUCAGUGCCGGCGGCUAUGCCAUCAUGGAGACGUUCAAAAAGGAGAUCGAGAACUACAACGAGGUGCAUGAUGCCAUCGACCAGUGCGAAAACCGGGAGUGCAUCAACGGAUGGCUAGCCCUCGAUCUCAAGCCCUCAAGUAUGGCCUUCUCAACCUGGCCUGCAAAUGGUCGCACCUAUGCAAAAAAUGGUUACUCCGCUACGUUCAGGGAACUCUUAAGGUAG